UGUAGAUAGCCGGGUCGGAUAUAGAACCCGUAUUGAAUUGGGUCGGACAGUAAAUCAUCAUCGUCAAAGAUGUUUAUCUUCUUCUUCUAUAUAUAACGAUUGCUCUGACGGCUUUGAAUGGCCGUCACUUUCAUUGCUUUCUCUUCUUCUCCUUUCCUCUUCCUUCGUCUUCCUCAGUCACAGCUCCUUACUGUUCAUCAAAAGCCAAAGCCAUCAUGACUCACAAUCUCGGCCUCACUAAACCCAACUCCACUGAGCUUCCCAAGAUCUCGUUCGCUGCGAAGGAGAUCGAUGUAACGGAGUGGAAAGGAGACAUACUCUUCGUCGGUGUGACUGAGAAAGAUUUAGCGAAAGACGAUCAUUCAAAGUUUGAGAAUCCGAUAUUGAACAAGCUCGAUGCUCACACUAGUGGACUUUUAGCUUUAGUCUCUUCCGAGGAAGACUUCACCGGGAAACCUGGUCAGUCAACGGUUCUUAGGCUUUCCGGUUUAGGAUCGAAACGGAUCGGUUUAAUCGGUCUCGGAAAAUCCGUUUCUUUUCCGGCGGCUUUUCAGAGCCUCGGUGAAGCUGUUGCUACAGUGUCGAAAGCUUCUCAAUCUAGCAGCGUCGCUAUUUUGCUUGCCUCCCCUGAGAUCGAAUCCAAGCUUACUUCUGCAUCAGCUAUAGCUUCAGGCGUAGUGCUCGGUUUGUUCGAAGAUGUGAGGUAUAGAUCUGAAUCAAAGAAGCCAUCUUUGAAAUCUGUGGAUAUCAUUGGAUUCGGAACUGGACCUGAGCUAGAGAAGAAGCUCAAGUAUGCUGAAGAUGUUUCUUACGGCGUGAUUUUCGGGAGAGAGCUCAUUAAUUCUCCUGCCAAUGUGCUUACUCCUGCUGUACUAGCUGAGGAAGCAGCGAAAGUGGCUUCUACCUACAGUGAUGUCUUCACUGCGAACAUCUUGAACGAGGAGCAAUGCAGAGAGUUGAAGAUGGGAUCUUAUCUAGCUGUUGCUGCUGCGUCUGCUAAUCCUCCUUUCUUCAUCCACCUUGUUUACAAACCUUCGAGUGGCUCCGUUACGAAAAAACUUGCUCUUGUUGGAAAAGGAUUGACCUUUGACAGUGGUGGCUACAACAUUAAGACUGGACCUGGCUGCUCAAUUGAGCUCAUGAAAUUCGACAUGGGCGGUUCAGCUGCGGUUCUUGGUGCUGCUAAGGCCAUUGGUGAGAUUAAGCCUCCUGGUGUUGAGGUUCAUUUCAUCGUUGCAGCCUGUGAGAAUAUGAUUAGUGGAACUGGAAUGAGACCUGGAGAUGUCAUCACAGCCUCGAACGGCAAGACCAUUGAGGUCAACAACACAGAUGCUGAAGGUCGUCUAACACUUGCAGAUGCUCUAGUGUAUGCUUGUAACCAAGGCGUCGACAAGAUAGUUGACCUUGCUACGUUGACCGGAGCCUGCGUUAUUGCUCUUGGAACAUCAAUGGCAGGGAUCUACACACCUAGCGACGAGCUUGCAAAGGAAGUGAUAGCUGCAUCGGAGAAGAGUGGAGAGAAGCUGUGGAGGAUGCCAUUAGAAGAGAGCUAUUGGGAGAUGAUGAAGUCUGGAGUUGCUGAUAUGGUCAACACAGGCGGGCGUGCGGGAGGCUCAAUCACAGCAGCUCUCUUCUUGAAACAGUUUGUGAGCGAGAAGGUGCAAUGGAUGCAUAUAGAUAUGGCUGGACCGGUUUGGAACGAGAAGAAGAAGUCUGGGACUGGGUACAAGAUGCAGAGCAUGCUUCCUAUGGCUAGUGAGACCAGGAGCCUCUUCAAUGCUCACUUCCUCCACCAGUUUCCAAUCAAAAUGCCUUUGAUCUUGGAUUUGGACAUUACCUCUCUUGGAAUAAGAAUCGGACUCGGUGCGUGUAGCCUCCAAGUCUCCUUGAUCACCAUUUUCAUGUACUCUAGAUCAUUGUACAUCACUUUGCUUUUGUCUCCUAUAUGUUCACUGAUCUCGAUUUGUACUUUCUUCAUCACUCUUGGGUGUCUUGCAAUCUCUGCCAUUGCUGAGUCUCAAGUCGUGCCUGAUAACCAUAUUUGA